AUGGCGGCACCACCGGAAUCCUCAGCCGAGGCGGGAAUUACGCUUGUCUCCAUUCUAGUGCAUUCCUAUGGCGAAGCGCUCGCGUUCUUCAUACAAAAGCUCGGAUUCAUUCUGGCUGAGGAUUUACCUAGUCUGACAACCACGGGCAAACCCAAGCGCUGGGUUGUCGUUCAUCCACCGCCCUCCCGGUUUGGAAGUUCUGGUAUCCUUCUGGCUCAGGCAGAUGGCCCUGAGCAAACAAUCAUGGUGGGAAAGUAG